ACGUGCUCCUACUGACGACAUGUCCUGCCAGUGACAGCCUUUUGUCCAUAACGUCGUAAUUUGCCAUCAGUUGCAUUUGCAUCUUUCAUUGUUAUUAGUUGUAGCAUAUAGUAAUAUAUGAACUAUGAAGUAAAUGCAUACAUUAUUGCACCAGUUCAGGAGAGCCCUGAGUGUUACUACAGACCAUCUCGUGAUGGCAGCUGCUGCAACGAGCACCAGCAGUGGAACUUCAGAGAAGAAACUCAACAAACUUGCUUCUGAAAAGUCUCCUUAUCUUCUGCAACAUGCCACCAAUCCAGUUGACUGGUAUCCGUGGGGAGAUGAAGCCUUCAAGGCAGCCACAGAGCAAAAUAAGCUGAUUUUCCUAAGUGUCGGAUACUCUACAUGUCACUGGUGCCAUGUCAUGGAGAAAGAAAGUUUUGAAAAUCCCAAAGUUGCGGAAGUCAUGAAUGAACAUUUCAUCAACAUCAAGGUUGACAGAGAGGAGCGACCUGAUGUUGAUAAAGUUUACAUGACUUUUGUUACAAGUAUGUCAGGUUCAGGAGGUUGGCCCAUGAGUGUUUGGCUGACCCCAGACCUGCACCCAGUCUACGGAGGUACCUACUUCCCUCCCAACAACCGCUACUUUGGGCGACCUGGCUUCACAACACUGCUUGAAGCGCUGGCCAAACAGUGGGCCACUGAUGAAGAGAAAGUGCGUCGCUCUGGCACCGCCAUCUUGUCUGUGUUACAGAAGAGUGCUACUCUUGCCAGCCCUGUUGAUGAUGAUAGACCUCAUGGCACUGAAGUAGCAAUCAAAUGUUUAGCGCAACUGGCAAAUUCUUAUGAGCCUGAGUAUGGUGGUUUCAGUGAGUCACCUAAGUUCCCACAACCUAGCAACAUGAACUUCCUCUUCACCUAUUACUUACUGCACCCUAAUAUGGAGGACGCGAAGAAGGGUAGAGACAUGGCUCUCCACUCAUUGAAUAUGAUGGCCAGAGGAGGUAUCCAUGAUCACAUCUCGCAGGGAUUUGCCAGAUACUCAACGGACAAGAGCUGGCAUGUUCCACAUUUUGAGAAGAUGCUCUAUGACCAGGCCCAGCUUGUUCAUUCCUACCUCGAUGCCUUCCUAGUGACAGGGGAACAGCGUUAUGCGGAGAUAGUGCGAGACAUUCUAGACUACGUCAUGCGGGAUCUCAGCCAUGAGAGCGGUGGGUUCUACAGUGCUGAAGACGCCGAUAGUUUACCGACUGCUGAUAGCACUGAAAAGAAAGAGGGGGCAUUUUGUGUGUGGAGACACGAUGAGGUAUUGAAUUUACUGGACGGGAUGAAAGUGAGCAGUGAUGAAGGUUCAGACGUCAACAUAGCGGAGCUCUUCUGUCAUCACUACAGCGUUGUCAGCGCCGGCAAUGUGGACCCAUAUAAGGACCCGCACGACGAACUGAAGGAGCAGAACGUGCUGAUCGAGCACGGCAGCCUGCAGGAGACUGCAGAAGAGUUCAGCUUGAGUGAAGAAAAGACGCGACAAGCACUAGAGGCGGCGCGAAAAAAACUGCACCAGCACAGGCUGACCAGACCGAGGCCUCAUCUCGACGACAAGAUGGUCACGGCCUGGAAUGGAAUGAUGCUGAGCGCCGUGAGCCGUGCUGCUGUGAUCCUGGCAGAAGAACGAUAUGCUGAGCGUGCUGCAGCGGCCGUUCAGUUCAUCAUCAAGCAUCUCUCAGCACCAGAGGGCGGCAAGCUGUACAGAGCUGCCUACAGAGGGGAUGAAUCUCAGGUUACUUUAGGACCGCAUCCCACAGAAGGUUUCUGUGAUGACUACGCUUGGACAAUCCGUGGGCUGCUGUUGCUGUACAAGAGCACCCUUGACCAGCAGCACCUGCUCAGGGCGGAGGCUCUGCAGGAGGUGCAAGACUCUCUCUUCUGGGACGAUAAGGAUGGGGGAUAUUUCAUCACUCAGGCUGGCGACCCAUCCAUACUCGUCAGACUCAAAGAUGAUCAGGACGGCGCUGAGCCUGCAGUGAACUCCGUGGCGGCAGGCAAUCUGCUGCGGCUGGGCCGCCUGCUCGACAAGCAGGACCUGCUGAAUAAAUGCGACAUCAUCCUGAAGGUGUUCGGCGACCGCCUCAGCAAGAUACCCAUCGCGCUGCCGGAGAUGGCGACUGUCGCGGUCAUGCGCUCCGAGCCCACGUCUCAGAUCAUCCUGAGUGGAAGCAUCAAGUCGAAGAGCAUGAAGGAGCUGCUUGGCGUGGUGCACACAGUGCCUCAUCCUAACAGGGUGCUACUUGUCGCUACCACGGAUGAAGGCGCUCCGCUCUACGACCGCAACCCCAACCUCAUCAAAUACAAGCCUAAGCCUUCUUCAGUCUCGGCCACGGAUGAGGCAGCCACUUCAAGUGCAAGCAAAGACGGAACUGAAGAAGACUCGGCCAAGGCAUACGUCUGCUGCAACUUUGUGUGCUCACUGCCCAUGAGCAAGCCGGAACAACUCCGUGAAAGACUCGACAACGCUUUCAAAGCCUCCGCCGCUGCUGAGUGAUGCAUAGCUGAAGUAAAGUUAUUGUGAAGUUAAUGUCGCAUGAUACUGAAUUCUAUGUGAUGCAAUGAUGUUGUUGGUUGACGUAAGGAUCUGGCAUUCACCGCCCAAUAACGCUCAUGUGACUCUUACUGCAACGAAUUACUGUGUCAUGUAUGUCACGUGAAAAAGAGAUAAGUAGGGGUAGGGAUAAGUUUGGGUCGGACAAGCAGUUGGUUAAGCUGGAGGGGAUCGCUGCAUUCGACAGGUGGUGCUUGGGAAGCACCCUCCCUUGCCGUAUAAGUUGCAAUGGAAUCACAGCUGCCUAACGAGAUGACCUAGUGCUGAGCGAUUGAGGUGCGAGAUGCUCAGGUCUUCGUUGGGUCUGUGCCGUUGGUUUAGUUAGUGCCAGGCUUUCCUACGGUUAUCUUUUGCGUCAGAUGACGUACUGUCUUUGAGUUAACCAUGCAUUGAAAAGUCCCGUAAUCUCUCGUUUAGAUCAUCAACACAAUGCUGUUAAUGUAAAUCUAUAAAAUAUGAAUUAUUUUCAUGAAAUUUUACCUAAUUUACAAUGAGUUACUUUCUGCUGAGCUCGAAAAAAGUGUAAUUUUAAUUAUCAUUUGAUGGCGAAUGCGCUGUUUGUUAAGUUUUUUUUUUUCAAAUGAUGGACUGACUGAGUACUUUACAACCACCCUCUGUAUGGCUCUCAGCUGAUCUACAUAGACGUAUAUUAUACCAGAUAAAAAAUGCCGAAAUAAUAAGGAAAGUCAUUAGCGCGUGGCUUGUGCUUGGUGUUGGUGGAUAUUCACACGAAAAUCUACCCUCCCGUAUUCGGGACACUCCCCCUCAGAGGGGACUUCUGACGCGUGUCAGUGCUCGUCAGAAUUCCUAUGAGAUUUCGCGCUACUAGGGGGAUUGUUCCUGAGCGCCCCACCGCUGAGCUCGCGGUGUCUGAC